AUGGCAAAUCCCAAGUCAAGAACCAUUGUUGUAUGCGGAGCUCCUGCCGUUGGAAAAUCAUCCUUGACGAUUCAGUUCGUUGAGAAUCACUUUGUUGAUUCUUAUUAUCCAACCAUCCAAAGCGCUUACAAUAAAGUCAUCCGAUUCCGCGGUCAAGAAAUCGCUGCCGAAAUCAUUGACACUGCUGGACAAGAUGAACAUUCAAUCUUGAGUUCGACGCACACGGUGGGAAUACAUGGUUAUGUGCUCGUUUACUCCAUCACAUCCCGACAGAGUUUGGAGUUGGCCAAGCUUAUCAGGGAAAAGAUCUUAAAUUUUAAGGGGACUGAUUCGGUUCCGAUGGUUCUUGUCGGUAACAAGACAGAUUUGCAUAUGCAAAGACAGCUGACGCCAGAAGACGGUAGAGAUCUAGCUUCAAAGUGGGGUUGCUCCUGGAUAGAAGCCUCAGCGAAGCUUCAUGAAACCACUACUAGAAUAUUUGAUCUCAUGAUUGCUGAGAUCGAAAAGUCAAUCAAUCCGGAUGGGGAUGGCCAGGGACAAUGUAACUUUUUAUAG